AUGAGACUACAUUCCUCCGCCUACGCUGGGCCACUUUUGGUCACCCUGCUGCAUUACGGUGUAGCUUUCGCGGCGUACAGCACCGCUAACAGCUCCAUGCUGCUGUUGAGCAAUGACUCAACGAUGAAUUUCGACUUGCUGACUCCUCUCGGCGAGUCCAUCACAGGAGGAGGAGACGUCGGCCCUAUUCUAGGCGCAGCCAAGGAUAUCGAAGCCGGAAACAUGACGUCCUUCGUCGAGGUCUUCUAUAAGCUCGCCAAUGACACCAAGGCUCAGGCCGAAGACCCUGAGAAUGCCUACGACCCUCUCAAUGUCAGGGAGACAUGGUUCUCUGCGGCAUCGUAUUUCCGCAAGGCUGACGGCUACCUCCACGGCAACUGGAGCAACCCGCUCAUCAACAGCCUGUGGGUUGAGCAUAUUGGGGCGUUCGAUAAGGGGAUAGCUGCUUUGCCUAUCCCUGGCAAGCGCAUCCGCAUUCCAGCUACCAAGGGCAACUUCACCAUCGAGGCCAUCUGGUAUUCUGCUUCCGAGAGCAAGCACGACAAGCUGCCGACGUUGAUUAUCGGGAACGGCUUCGACGCUGCGCAGGAAGACUCUUACCAUAACUUCGUCGCCCCCGCUCUGGCCCGAGGAUGGAAUUGUAUCACUUACGAAGGCCCGGGACAACCAACUGUGCGGCGUAAUCAGAACCUUGGUUUUAUUCCCGAUUGGGAGAAAGUCGUCACUCCAGUCGUGGACUACGUUCUCUCGGAGAAGAAGCACGUCGUGGACAAGAAUCGUCUUGUCCUCGUCGGCAAUUCCUUCGGUGGCUACCUUGCUGCCCGUGCCGCAGCCUUCGAGCCCCGUCUGUCCGCAGCGGUCCUCAUUGAUGGUGUCUGGGACAAUUACGCUGCAUACAUCAGGGAGCUUUCACCAGAGAUGCUCGAAAUCUACGAGGCGGGUAACUACACGCAAUUCGACGACGUCCUUCUCUCGGCUCGCGAGGCCGGGAAGCUCCCCACUGGCGCAGCUUGGGGCAUCGAUCAAGGUCUGUGGGCGUUCUAUACGCACUCGCCCUCUGAUUUCUUCACCCAGAUAAAAGAGUACAACGUGGAGUCUUUCAUAAACAAGAUCAAGAUACCUGUAUUUGUCGGUGAUGCCGAACUGGAAAGCAGUUACAUUGGACAGCCGAAGCAGGUUGCGGACGCGCUGGGUCACUGGGCUACUCUGCAUACUUUCAAGGGCGUUGCUGGCUUUCAUUGCCAGACCGGUAGUGGGCAGGAGCUUUCGAGGACGAUUCAUGCGUGGUUGAACAAGGUUUUGGGUAAGACAAACCAUGGACAUUGA